UCCGCGGCGACGGUGGACGGGACGGAAAAGAUGGACAUGGAGGCCAGGACCGCUCCGGCUGCAGCGAGGGAACCCGAUGAGGGUGAGAUGCUGGCCAAGCGGAGACGACGGGAGGGAUGCGUGACGGCGCCACCAGGAAGCUGUGCAGAGCCCAAACCUGGCCACUGGGGGGAGCUGAGCCAGACCAUCCCCUCCAGACCUCAGGACCAGGAGGAGGUGGCACCCAGCUCUCUGGAGGCCCUGGGCAGUGACCCCGCCAGGGCUGAGAAUGCAGCAGUGACUGCCAUGCUGCGGGCCGUGGCUGCCAGCCGCCUGCCCGUGUGCAGCCAGCAGCAGGGUGAGCCCGACCUGACGGAGCGCGAGAAGGUGGCCGUGCUGAGCCAGCUGUACCACGAGAAGCCGCUCGUGUUCCUGGAGCGCUUCCGCACUGGCCUCCGCGAGGAGCACCUGGCCUGCUUCCGCCAUGUGCGUGGCGACCACCGGGCUGACUUCUACUGUGCCGAGGUGGCCCGGCAGGGCACUGCCCGGCCCCGCACCCUACGGACCCGCCUGAGAAACCGGCGCUACGCAGCUCUGCGAGAGCUCAUCCAAGGGGGCGAGUAUUUCAGCGAUGAGCAGAUGCGGUACCGCGCGCCGCUGCUGUAUGAGCAGUACAUCGGUCAGUACCUCACCCAGGAGGAGCUCAGCGCCCGGGCCCCAGCUCCCCUGGUGGCCCGGCCCGGCUCCCCCAGCACGCCUGCCUGCCCGCUCUCCGACCUGCUGCUCCAGUCCUACCAGGAACGAGAACUGCAGCAGCGACUGCUCCAGCAGCAGGAGGAAGAGGAGGCCUGCCUGGAGGAAGAGGAGGAGGACGAGGACAGCGACGAGGAAGACCAGAGGUCCAGCAAAGACUCGGAGACCUGGGUGCCCGACUCGGAGGAGAGGCUGAUCCUGCGGGAAGAGUUCACCAGCCGCAUGCACCAACGCUUCCUGGAUGGCAAGGACGGGGACUUUGACUACAGCACCGUGGAUGACAACCCUGACUUUGACAACCUGGACAUCGUGGCCCGGGAUGAGGAGGAGAGGUACUUCGAUGAGGAGGAGCCCGAGGAUGCGCCCAGCCCGGAGCUGGGCGGAGAUUGACCGUGGCACUGCCAUGUCCAGCCCUGGCUGGGCCGCUCCCCGAAGGCAGGACAGCCUCCCAGCUCCGGGAACAACCCCCCACACUUCCCCUACCCCCUUUGCCCCUCCCCACCCCUGCCUCUGUCUUGUUCUUGGUGUGACUCUGGGCUCCUUCCAUCCCAUCCUGUCUCCCUCUCGUUCUGUGACCUCCCCCUUUUCCCAUCUGCACUGUCUCUACCCCGCCCCCCCAUUCCGUCUCUGCACCCGGCCAAGGAUGAAUGUCUGACCCUUUGUCUGAGGCCCAUGGUGCCCACUCUGUUCACCUGGGGACCAGCCCAGAUCUGGACUUUCUCUACCUGUCCACCUGCUGCCUCGCUGUACCUCUUACAGUCUCUAUCCUUCUACACCCCGUCCCGUUCCUCUCCCGGAUGGAUGCCCACGGCCUGUCCCCAACGCCGGCGGCAACGGGGCCCACAGUGGCCACAAGCUCCUGCCUCUCCCUUAGGAAUCCUGCCCAGAGGACCAGCAGAGGCACCGCUGGGGAAUCACAGAGGGAGGGAGGGGCUCCCCCCUCCCCCUGCCCAGCCACAAUUUUCCCUUUCUUCCCUUCCUCCGCCUCCCUCUCUCUCCUGCUCCUGUUUACGCUCCACGAAUCCACACAGGCUGUUAUCAUGGGCCUGAGUCAUCUCCCACACAGCCUGCCCCGGCCCUCCCCCAGGCCACAGGGCCGCCCCGCAGCCCCCCGCCGCCUGGCCUAAUGGGAGCCAGAUGGCCGCCUGUGACUCAGCCUGUGGGAACCCAGGCGUCCCACCUUCCCAGGCCCCACCCCACCCCGUGCCCAGCACCUCAUGGGGUGGGGGGCAGAGGCUGAGGGGCAACACAGCCACCAGCAGCUUCCUGUUGGCCACACCUGAAAGACACCAGUUCCUGACCCCAAGGCAUUCGUUCUGUGCCCUGUGUCCCCCCCCCCAGAAGCAGCAGGAACACUGGUGGGGGGCUGAGGUUCAAGGUUGGCCCAGGCCUGAGCCAGACACCUGCCAUCCCCACAGAGCCUCCAGGCAGCCCGGCCCCGAGCUGGCCCAAGGUGGCGCCCUGGACAGUGUGUCUCAGGUGGGAGGCAGGAGGAGAGGCGGGUGCUGAGGUCACUGCGGGGCGCCCCAGGCUUCCCUGGGAGCUAAGCCGUGUCCCACAGCCCAGCCACCUCCAUGUCUUCCUCCGGGGGCUGUCACUGGCCCGACUCCCCCAGGACAGCAGCUUGGCCCCAAGACACGAUCCGGAAAGACGGGAGUUUUGGCCCUCCAUGCCAGGCAGCUUCCCCCCGCUGCCAUUUGCUAAGUAAACUGGUUUAUGAUCGCGUCUGCCGCCGCCCUGAGCGUGUUCUGUUAUGUAACGGAGAGGGAGAGGAGCGGUGCAGGCAGCCCUUGAGUCAGUCAGGGUUAGUCAGAUGGAGGCUGGGAGAGAGGCAGGCGGCGGGACUCAGGGAUUAGACGAGGAGACGGGAGGAGGAGGCCCUGCGGAGACUGCAGACACACCCCUGGUCACAGCAGCCCCCACGAAGCC